CACCACCACCACCACUGGUGUAGACCGAGUGUUGUUUACCAGUGUUUACCAAUUAUGCAAUUUCUGUGCGUGCUGCUGUUGCUUUAUCCUGGAUAACGUAAGACUCGCACGAAUUCUCCGUACGGUUCGCAGCGAAUUGGACGACAAUGACAGCAGGAGCACCGACAGCGUGGGUUCACACUCGGAUUUCUCUGGGCACACACUGCAGCCGAGCUCCUCAUCGAGUGGCCUGAACAAGCCAGAGAUGGAUGUGGUGUGCCUGAUCGACAUCUGUCAGAAUGCGAACCUGGGUAACCGCAAGAAGGCCUUCGAAGAGGUGCAGCAGGCCUGCUCCAUGGUGGGCGCAAACCUAAUGCACAUACAGUUUGAGAAGCUCGACUUUGGUGAGUCAACUGUCAUCGGCAGCUUCUACAAUGCAGAUGUUGCUAUUGUCGAUCUUUCCUUGCCUGCACAGCAGAGCACGCUCUUCUACCAUCUAGGCGUUAGGGAGAGCUUCAACAUGAAGCAGAACAUAUUGAUUUACAAUGAUGCUGACCCAGACACAACAUUACGCUUGAAGCUGUCGUGUGGAAAUUACACUUUCAUUUCCUACAAGCUCUCGGAUGAUCAAUCCACGUGCUUAAGUGGUCGCAACGAUGAGAACGCUGAGAUUUGCUUGCAGCAGCGCUUGAAGAAACUCUUGCAAGAUGUUGAAGUGCAGAGCAAGGCUCAUAUGAAAGAGAAGUUUUUGGCUGAUCUGAAGAAAAUUCGAGAGCAAAUGAGUGGGCCGGAAUUGAGAGCGGCUUUGCACGCGAUCAGGAAACGUUUGGAUGAUCCGAACGUGCUCUCCGGAGAAGUCGUCCUGAAUAUGCUGUUCUGUUUCCGUGACGAUCAAGACUACGAUGCAAUGGUCCAGCUGGUGGACGACCUGAACACUCUGCCCGUCUCGAGAAAGUGCAUAAACUCGUACAUUCGUUUCUGGUACGCUUUCGCUUUGAACCGGAGGAAACGGGCUGGCGAUCGCGAAAAAGCUCUUCAAGCCUGCAUCAAGGCUUUGGAAAAGAAAGAGAAUCACUUCCCCGACAUGCUGUGCCUGUGCGGGCGCAUAUACAAAGAUAAGUUCAUCGAAUCCAACCACAGCGAUACUAAUUCGCUGAACGAAGCUAUCCGUUGGUACAGGAAAGGCUUCGAGGUGCAGCCCAACGAAUACGCGGGUAUCAAUCUGGCCACGCUUUUGGUCAUCGGCGGAGCAGAGAUCACCAAGUCGGAGGAGUUGCAGCGCAUCGGAAUGGUGCUGAACAAUCUGAUUGGAAAGAAAGGUAGUUUGUCGUCGCUGCAGGAUUACUGGGACGUGGCUACUUUCUUCGAGAUCUCCGUCUUGGUGCAGCAUUACACGAACGCCAUUCAGGCGGCGGAAUGCAUGUUCCGGUUAAAACCGCCCGAUUGGUAUCUGAAAUCGACGGUGGGGAAUAUAUUGUUGAUCGAUCGAUUCAGGAAACGGAAGGAUGAGGAGCAGUCGCCGGAGGAGCAAAUUUUCCAUUUCUGGAUGGAAUUUUUUUUGGAGGCAACGCGAUCGCCGGCGGACGAUUGCAUACGGUUUCCCGCUCUGAUUCUUGAGCCCAGUAAAGAGUCGAUGCCGAGCUACGUGUGCGUCAAUUUAGCUGCGGAACAGCAGACGCUGCAGGUGACGAAUCUGUGUCUCAAGAGUUUGAGGAACAAUUGCAAACAGAUACACGCGUGGGAGUUCACUGCGCAGACCAUCCGCAGCGUGAGCUUUUACAAGCGCGACGAGCGCUGCCUCUUCCUGUACGUGCACCAGAACUCGGAUGACUUUCAAAUCUUCUUUCCGUCGGAGACUUGCAGGCAAAAGUUCUACGAUUUGAUCCUGGAGUUGACCGCGGAUCAGGACGGUGUAGGAGGUUUGAUGGAGAUCGAACCGCCUAGAGAUAUACGAUACGAAUACGAGAAAGACGAGCAAGGGAAGAAGAUUAUUCUUGGUAGAGGCACGUACGGAGUGGUGUACGCGGCGCGCGAUUUGAACACGCAGGUGAGGAUCGCCGUGAAGGAGGUGCCGGAGAAGAACUUGGGCGCUGUGCAGCCGCUGCACGAGGAGAUUCGGCUGCACUCUCAGCUGCGACACAGGAACAUAGUGCAAUAUUUGGGCUCGCUGUCCGAAGACAAUUUAUUUAAGAUAUUUAUGGAGCAGGUGCCCGGAGGUUCGUUGAGCGCUCUGCUGCACUCCAAGUGGGGACCGCUGAAAGGCAACGAACCAGUCAUCUCCUAUUACACCAAGCAGAUCCUGGAAGGUUUGAAGUAUUUGCACGACCAGAAGAUCGUGCAUCGGGACAUCAAGGGAGACAAUGUUUUGGUUAACACGUAUUCGGGCGUCAUAAAGAUUUCGGAUUUCGGCACGUCGAAGCGGCUCGCCGGUUUGUGUCCGGCGACGGAGACGUUCGCCGGAACGCUGCAAUACAUGGCGCCGGAGGUGAUCGAUAAAGGUCAGAGGGGUUACGGAGCGCCUGCGGAUAUCUGGUCGCUCGGUUGCACCGUCGUCGAGAUGGCCACCGGGAAGCCGCCGUUCAACGAGUUGGGCUCACCGCAGGCGGCGCUCUUCAAAGUCGGCAUGUACAAGCAGCAUCCGCAGGUUCCGGAAGAACUCUCGGAUCGUGCGAGGAGCUUCAUCUUGCGCUGCUUCGAACCGGACCCCGAUAAAAGGGCAACCGCUCAGCAGCUCCUCGAAGAUCAAUUCCUGGGGGAGCGCAAGAAGAGCGUACGUCUCGCCCCCGAUUACAACAGGAGCGUCUCGGUGCCGGCGGAUCGAGUCGUCGCGCGACUUCCUGGACGCUCGAGCGCUCCGAACCAAACACCGACGAGUCCGGAAUCUGCAGACUCACAAAGUCGAGGACACUUAUUGCCCCCCAUACAAAUGCCGAGCGUUCUUUCAUUCACCAGUAUUGCCUCUACGCCGUCGCUCGAUUUGGAACCGUCGGAGGAUUCGCACCGGCGGAACUCUUCGGGGACGUUGCUAUCUCCGGAGGUGGAUGGGAAUGGUGAAUCUGACGGUUUCUAUUUGCUCAAGAAGGACUCUCAACGUCGGACCACGCUCUCGAAGGUGCUGUCUCAGGACAGCGCCAAAAUAUGCGACCUCUGGAUGCAGAAGAUCCGCACAAAGUAUAUGGGCGAAACGAUACUCACCACACAGCACCUGGAGCGACUGAUGACCGCGCUCAAAGACUUCCUCACCGAGCAAUCUCCGAACGUGAUCGAAACAGCGAUCAGCCAACUGAAAGAGGAGCUCGACUUCGAGAUGACCGCUAUAAAUCAGCUGCAGUUUGCGAUUUAUUUGUAUCAAGAGUCUGUAAACGAUGUGCUAAGGUUGCAUCCGAUAAAGCCGCACUGGAUGUUCGCUUUGGACAACCUGGUGCGUUCGGGGGUGGCCGCCGCCAUCAACGUGUUCUCCCCCGAAUUGGCGGAGAAUCUGGCCAAUCACAGUUCUCCCAGCACCGUGAACUCUGCAAAAUCCAGCAAAAGCGUGACCUACGAUUGGCGGGAUAAGGUGUUCCAGUUGCGAGCCGAGAACACCCGACUGACGAACGAGUUGGUCGACGUGCACAAGCAGUACCAACAAUUGGUGAAGAUUUUAAUUGAGCAGAAGCAACAGGAGAUUGUGACGUUCAAGCAACUGUUCAAUUGCGUGGAGUAUCGCGAGGAGGCGGUGCACGAUCCAAAGUUGUCGAAAUGGUUGGACGAGUCGGGAGUGAACGAGAGCGCGAAGAAGAUCCUGCUUGCUACCAGUUACACCCUCGAGGAUAUUCUUCUGUACAUCACACGAGAGGAUUUGAGCCGCGUCGGACUCAGGCUGGGAACGCAAUUCAGAAUCUGGCAUGCCGUCACGAAGCAUCGUCAAUCCCUCUGCAACGGCGACGGUUGCGACUAAGAAAUGAAGAAGAUAGAAAUACGUAGAAAGAGAGAGAAAAGAAAGAAUAACGCGCACACGCAAAAAGCGAUUUAAAAAAAAAAUACUGUUAUUAUGAUAUGAUAGAUGAAGCGGAAAAGCCUUUCCCCCUCCAAUGAUUUAGACUGUGAUUUGUUGAAUUUAAUUUCUUUUACGAGAGAGAGAAAUAUGUUUAAUUUUUAUUUUAAAUUUGAUUAACAUUUAAUGUUGGUUGUUGCGAGAGUAUUAUCGUUUAAUGAUAAAGAGAAUAGUUUAUGUGAGAAAGAUGAAAGAAGUGAUGCUGAAUGAUCUUGCAGAAUAAAUACAUCACGACGCGUAGCAGAGAUUGACUAAUCAAUUGAAUUCAUUUGUUUUAAUUAUAUAUAUAUAUAUGUAUAUUUGUUGAACGUCUGUUCGGAUUCGAUCCGAGUAGGCGUGCGACAAAAACAAAAAAUUGAACGAAGAAUUAUGUUUUUUGUUUUUAUUUUAAUUCAUUUGUUGCCUUACGCACGCUGCGAAAGCAAAGCAAGCGCGACUAUACAGAAUGUAUUUUUAUUGAAAAAAACAAAAGAAAAAGAAUAUAUACCGUAAAAGUAUAUAGCGUAUACCAUUUAUAUAGAGUGUUGACGUCCUCGUAAUACUUUAUUUUUCUAUUAAAAAAACAAAGAAACAACGAAAGAAAAGAACCUAUUAAUUAA